CGCGGUGGGGCGAGGGCAGAGGAGGGGGCGGAGAGGGCCCUGGCUGGACCGACCGGACGGGGAGGAACGUGCGGCGGGUCCCGUCCGGCCUUGCCGGUCCUCGGGAUCCCUUCCAACUUAGCCCAAGUUGGGGGAACCUAAGGGAAGGAGAGUCAGGCUCCGGAGGGGGAGCCAAGGGAGUGCGGAGCUCGGGGCCGGGACAGCCUCCGCGUCAGAUAGUCCAGCGGCCAACCAGAGUUUCCCAGCAACUUUUCUCGCCAGUGGGUCUCCCCGGAAAGUUCUUCUUCACCGGUCCAGGAGUCUGGCCACGAGCCCCGAGUUUCCUGGGCCUGGUUCCCAGCGCUGGGCGGGCGGGGGCGAUGUCCUCAGCGGGGAAGCCCCUGGCCUCCUCCCCACCCACCCCACCCCCCACAACAGCGCACGUCCAACCCCAGGUUUCCACCUGAGCGCCCCGCCCCGCAGCUAUGGGGGCGCGGCGAGGUCCCCUGAGGCCUCCCAAGACUUUCUGGGUCCCUGGGUUGGCGUGGGGCUGAGCUUGGGGUAGGAGGUGGAGUCAUACUUCCUGAGUUCAAAUCCUUUGCGCCAACAGCCAUCAGCUAGAUGACCUUGAGCAAGUUCUUAAUGUCUGGCUGGUUUCAUCCUUUGUAUAAUGGGACUGAUGAUCCCUAGCUGGGAGAGCUUUUGUUAGAAGACUAACAGAGGUAACCAGUGAAGAUUGAUUUGCAUAGUGCCACUAGUCAGUGUUGUCUCAUCCUAUUGGGUGGGGCAAGGUGGGAGAAAGAGCCAUUUCCCAUUCCUAACCCUUGUAGUUGUCCUACAGGGAGCUGUGACAGGUGCCUUUCACCAUUCUGAGCUGUGAGUGGCUGGUGGUAAGAGGCCCACGCAGAAAGCCAGCCCCUCCGCCAUGAAUCUGUGGGAACUUGAAGACAGCCAAGGUACCCCCAGGUUGGCCCAGGAGCCCCCUGCUGAGGAGGCAGCAGCUGCUGAACUGCAGAUGAAGGUGGACUUCUUCCGGAAGCUGGGCUACUCAUCUGCUGAGAUCCACAGCGUCUUGCAGAAGCUGGGGGUCCAGGCAGACACCAACACAGUGCUGGGCGAGCUGGUGAAACAUGGGUCAGCAGCCGAGCGGGAGCGCCAGGCCUCCCCAGACCACUGCCCUCAGCUCCCUCUGGUCCCCCGGGGUGGGGGCACCCCAAAGGCUCCCAUCUUGGAGCCCUCAUCCCCAGAGGAAGACAAGGAGGGCAGUGACCUGAGGCCUGUGGUCAUCGACGGGAGCAACGUGGCCAUGAGCCAUGGGAACAAGGAGGUCUUCUCCUGCCGGGGCAUCCUGCUGGCCGUGAACUGGUUUCUGGAACGGGGCCACACAGACAUCACAGCAUUUGUACCAUCCUGGAGGAAGGAGCAGCCUCGGCCCGAUGUGCCCAUCACAGACCAGCACAUCCUGUGGGAACUGGAGAAGAAGAAGAUCCUGGUGUUCACGCCGUCGCGGCGAGUGGGCGGCAAGCGGGUGGUGUGCUACGACGAUCGCUUCAUCGUGAAGCUGGCCUUCGAGUCAGACGGCGUGGUGGUCUCCAACGACACCUACCGGGACCUCCAGAGCGAGCGGCAGGAGUGGAAGCGCUUCAUCGAGGAGCGGCUGCUCAUGUACUCCUUCGUCAAUGACAAGUUCAUGCCCCCCGAUGACCCCUUGGGCCGUCAUGGGCCAAGCCUGGACAACUUCCUGCGUAAGAAGCCACUCACAACUGAGCACAGGAAGCAGCCAUGUCCCUAUGGGAGGAAGUGCACCUAUGGGAUCAAGUGCAGGUUCUUCCACCCCGAGCGGCCAAGCCGCCCCCAGCGCUCCGUGGCUGAUGAGCUCCGUGCCAAUGCCCUCCUCUCACCCCCUCGGGCCCAGGGCAAGGACAAAAGUGGCCAGCGGCCUUCUCCACCACCUCAGCCUGGCUCUCAGCCAACAGAGCGUGAGCCAUGCAGCUUGGAAGGGAAGAAGCUGGGAACCCAGGCAACCCCGGGGUCCCACCGAGAGGGUCUGACCCAGACCUUUGUCCCAGUGACUGCAGGCAGGAGCCUUGGGCCCACGGACUGGUUCCCGCAGACCCUGGAUUCUCUCCCAUACACCUCCCAGGACUGCCUGGACUCGGGCAUUGGCUCCCUGGAGAGCCAGAUGUCAGAACUGUGGGGGGUUCGAGGAGGAGCCCCUGGUGAACCGGGCCCCCCUCGAGGCCCUUAUGCUGGUUACAACCCCUACGGGGCUGAGCUCCCAGCCACUCCGGCCUUCUCUGCCUUUGGACGGGCCGUGGGUGCCGGACACUUUAGCGUCCCUGCCGACUACACACCCCCGCCAGCUGCCUUUCCACCUCGAGAGUACUGGUCAGAGCCAUACCAGCUGCCCCCACCCACCCCAGUCCUGCAGGAGCCCCAGGUGCCAGGCCCAGGGGCCGACAGGGGCCCAUGGGGUGGGGCAGGCAACCUGGCCAAGGAGCGAGCCAGUGUGUACACCAAGCUGUGUGGAGUCUUCCCCCCACGCCUGGUGGAGGCCGUGAUGGGGCGCUUUCCGCAGCUCCUGGACCCCCAGCAGCUGGCUGCCGAGAUCCUCUCCUACAAGUCCCAGCACCUUAGUGAGUAGGCAGCCCUGGCAGCCCUCCAAGGGCUGUCCGGCUGGGCUGCGGGCUAUCGAGCAGCCCGGUCCCAGCCGGAGGCUUGCACUGGAGGCUGGACAGAGGGAGGAUUAAAGUAGGGAAGGGAACCCACAAACCAAAGAUACUGUAGGAUUGGUUCUGGCCCACUCGGCACCUCUAGCCGUCUGCCCAAGUGGGCCAGAAGUGAUCACCCUGUUGAUGCACAUUGUAUCUCUAUUUUAAGGAGACACUGCCGGUACCGGCCGUUGGUCCGUGGCUGAAGCCCAAACCCCCCUUUCUCUCAGCGGGCGGGGAGGGAGGCCGGGGGAUCAGAGGCCUGGGCUGGGGGCCCUGUGCAUGGCCCCCCACCUCCGCUCCGUCCCUGGGAUGCCAGGCUUGGCUGGCUAGUUGGGCACCGUGUGCCUGCCCUCCGAGGGCCCCUCCUCUAAGCUAAUGAGGCCUCAUCUGUGCUCUCUUGCAGGGCACAAGGCUUCAUGUUAGUAAGCAAGAUGCUUCUUAAUAACCUACCUUCUGUCCACUCAGUCCACCUAUCUCAUUGCCCCUGCAAGGGAUCGAGGACCUGCUGUCCCCACCCUCCCUGCCCCUUCCUCUGUACGUAGAGUCAUCUCACCCUUCCUCAUGGGUUAGGGGGGGGCAGUACAUGUAAUGUUAAUAUUUUAAAUGGAAAGUACUUGCCUCUCUUAACACGUCAAUAAAGUAUAAUGUGAGCCCCUUUAA